GGCGUUUCUGCCCAAUUUCUUUCAACCCAAGCAGUGAAAUCAAGGUCUCGCACAAGGCACACUCGAUGGGCGGAACCGAGGCUGCCUUGAGCGGGCCAAGAGCAGAUGAUGACCAGGAUGUGCGCUCUUAUCGUACAUCGUACGUGGAUCUGACCCAAUACGUGUUUUUCUAUCUCCUCACAACCGUUCGUGCCCAUCCCUUAGUUCGAGUUGCAACGAGAUUCUUCAUACUCCUUACCAAGCACCACCUCGACAUCUACACCAGCCCUCGGCGGAUAUGGCUCGUCAAAACGAGUCAGCGGUGUUUGCAAGGCAAUUCAUCGACGAAUGUGGACCAGGUAUCCAUGGUGUGUUUGGUGUAGAGUCGCACUUUGACCUAAGCACCUCCAGGUAUCAAUCAAAGGAGGUCUAUGAGUUUCAAGAAACUCUCAAGCGAUACCAGAAUCAAGCAACCGGUCUGGCCGACUUCGGCUUCGACCUAUUGUCCUGUACCUGGCAAGACGUCCUCGAUGAAAUGGAUAAGGCAGAAGCAGCAGCUUCGGAGAGCCACAGACGAGGGAAUGAAUUUCCUGCGAGAGCUUGGAGGGUGUUUGAAACAAUGGGGGAUGUUAUAAGCCCAGCCUUAGAGGCAAUACCAGAUGAGCUCUGCGUUCUCCAUGGAGGAAUUGCGGUUAUAUUUAGUCUAGCUCGACGCAGGGCCCAGAACAGAAAGAAGAUCCUCAGCGCUUUCUGCAAUCUGACAAAUGUUAUCGAGAUGGCGCGGAAUAAAGCAAAGAGCCUCCUACAAAAUAGCAGCCAACCCGAGAGCAUUCGACUUCAUGAGGUGAUUCGAGAGCUACAGCAGACCCUUCUCCGUGUUCUGCCCGAUCUCAUCAAACGACUCAACCCGGGAACAUUUCUCGAUAAGAGUUUGAGUCCUUUCAAAGGGGGCAGCAUAGAUGACCUCCUUGAAAAGGUCUCUAGCAGCUCCGACAAAGUGCGCAUCUGCGCUGAGGGCAUGAUGGACGAUAUCAUCGUCGAGACGCACAAGGCGAUGAACGAUGACCUCGAGAUGACAAAAAAUAUUCGGACUAUGACACAGCAUACUGGUGGGGAAGUCGAGGAACUUCAGGGGAAGGUUGACGAGAUUCUGGUGCGGCAAAAUAAGCUUCAAUUGACUCUGGAUGCAAUAUCUGGGAAGAAUAGCCUUCUUGAAUUUCUUAUUGAGCAUCUGAAACCACGGCGGGAACGAAGUCCGGAGACGCUGGCGACCGAGUCUCUACCGGACUGCGACUUGGGUACAUCAUUCAAACCUGGCCAACUAUUGGCCCUCAUGAAUGUGCAUCACCUCCAAGCAGUCGACGACGAGGCUCAUAUCAUACGACGCGGCCGCUCGAUAGAUCCCGCUGUCAUUGCACAAGCAGCUACAAUGGUCCAGAGCCCUCAAGUACAGCAGUUAUUUCACGCAUCACAGUCCGGCAUUGUACUCGUGGAUGGUUGCGCCGAUCGCUCGCAGAUGUCGAAGGUCUCGCCUCUCUCUUACAUCUGUGCGACUACCGCUGCUGUGUUACGAUCCGGGCCUCCUAACGUGACAUUGACAUUCUUCUGUGGCCAGCACCUCGCAUCGAAUGACGACCUCCAAGGCCCGCAAGGAGUGAUGAGGGCUCUGGUUACCUCACUGAUUACAAGUUUGUUCCAGAAUCGGUUGAUAUCAAACUUCUUGCCACCUCAGCUCCUGAGCCUUCCUGGGGAAGUCGAACACCUUUUGCUAAAAGACAUCUGCGAACUCUUCCAUCGCCUGCUUCGGCUUGUUCCAAGAGGAAUUUCAGUAUAUUGUCUUGUGGACGGAGUAUCCUAUUAUGAAAGAGAUAUAUGGAGGGAAGACUUUAAUCUUAUCCUAAUUUGUUUCGGCAACAUCAUAGAUGAUGAGACACUCGACUCGUUUUUUAAACUCCUCCUAACGAGUCCGACAAGAAGCCGCUCGCUUUCUGACCUGAUGCCGCACCAACGGGUCUCGCUAAGGGGUCCUAGGGUCAGACGCACAGCGGAAUCUGAGAGUAUAAGAAUUUAGGUCUUAGAGCUUUGACGAGGCGAGAGUUUACUUGGUAUUGCUGAUCAGAUAUCGAAUUCCAUUCUUUCUGCCAUCACUUUUGUUCAACUGAUAACAUGUUCUCAAUCUUCACUCUUCAGGAUUGCUCUGUCUCCCAAACCACUGCACCACACAAGGAACUGCAGCA